CUGGAAGUGAGGUUAACAAGGUAGAACCCCAGGACCUUUUGGGGCAACAGCAGAGAGGAGCAAACCAAUACCUGAAGAACAUGAGCCUCAAGUCCCCAGCGUCUGCUCUUCCCUUUGAGAGCAAAGGCAGCCAUAUCAUGGCUAGAAAUGGAAGCUGUUUUCUAGUCCGGCACACCCCUCACCCCAGAAGGGUCUGCCACAUCAAAGGUUUGAAUAACAUUCCCAUCUGUACCGUGAAUGAUGAUGACAACUCAUUGGGAGCAUUGUGGGGUGUUGGCCAGUUCGACCACUUGGAGAAGGACGAGAUAACAUUUGCCAAAAGCGGUUAUGCACCCAGCGCUGUAGCCCCGGAGAGCCCCGUCAGAGGAGUCUCGCCAGCCCCAAACAAUGUCAAGGUGCCCCCACGGCCUCAUUCUGAGCCCUGUAGAAAAAUCAAGGAGUGCUUCAAAACUUCCAGUGAGAAUCCCUUAGCAAUUAAGAAGGAAGAAAUAAAGGUAAAAAAGCCACUGUCUCCUCCAAAAGCAUGCUCCACUGCUGACUCUUGUUCUUCAGAGGUGAUGAGUACCAAGACUGACGUCAAAGAGAAUACUGUUUGCAUACCAAAUUAUCUGGACCAGGAAAUCAAAAUUCUGGCGAAGCUCUGUAAUAUUUUACGCACUGAUUCCCUGGCCGAAGUUCUACAGUGGCUGCUUCACGCAAGCUCAAAAGAAAAAGAGUGGGUCUCAGCUUUGAUUCAUGCUGAACUGGCUGAAAUAAACUUGUUGGCCCAACGAAGAAACAUCACAGCAAACGUAGCAGCAGGGACUAGGAAGCCACCCAAAGUUAAAUCACCCCCAAAUUCACCUGCAAAAUUGAAAGUGAUGACCAGAACGAGGGAAGAACAUCAACUCUCCAGAGUAUCAAGUCAAGGAUCUGAAGGAAAUAAUGAAGUGCCAAAAGAGGCUGAGGACAGGCCUCCAUUGUUUAUAAGAAGAAAUAAUAUGAAAAUUCCCAUUGCAGAAUAUUUCAGCAAACCAAAAUCUCCUCCCAAGCCUAAAAUUCAGGAAAACAUAUCAACAAAACCAAUGUCUGCAAGGAGUAUGCAACAAGGAUUCAAUCUCUCUCCCCAGAGAGCAUUUUAUCCUUAA